GAAAUCGAGAGGAGAGAGAGAGAGAGAGAGGGAGAGGGAUUUGCGUGCGAAUCGAAGCUUCGAUCUUCCUCUCGCUCCGCCGGAUCAAUGGGUGGCUAGCAGAAUCGGUGAGAUUUGGUGAGUCCGGAGAGCUUGCUGGUUUGCGCAUUUUCUUGAGGUACACUAAAAGCAAGUCUGCUAAAAGGCAACUUCAAUUGAAAACAUCUACAUAUCAAGGAAGGCUAUCAAGCUAAUGUCCUGGGUAAAUUUCUAGUUCAUUGCUGAUCCACAACCUCGUGAACGUCAGGAAGAUAUCGCCUUUACUGAUGGGGGACUCUGGAAAUUCCGCUCAUCGUGAUCACACGAUCGACAUAUUGAGGAAUGAUGUAACUUUCCCAUCAACAUCUCAUCAAGCUAACCAUAAUGACCUGGGUGAGUUGCGCCAAAAUAGAGGUCCUAUAAAUGAUGUUCCUCGUGUCCCAGAAAGUUCUUCUGGUGUAGUUGCUGCAUCUAUCUCCCGAAACGCUUCUUUUUCAAGAAGAGAUCAAGGUCACCGUCAGCCAAAUCCUUUGAAUUCUGGUUUUUGGAUCUCAAUUGAGCUUAUUGUAAGUUUAAGCCAGAUUAUAGCAGCUAUUUCUGUCCUGUCAGUAUCAAGGAGCGAGCAUCCACAUGCUCCAUUGGCUCAGUGGCUUAUUGGUUAUACAAUAGGUUGUAUCGCUACUCUUCCUCAUCUUUAUUGGCGGUAUCUCCAUCGCAAUCGCCAGAACAUAGAGCAGGAAUCAACAAGUCAGGUUCCAUCUGAAAGGGGUAUAUAUGAACCUAAUUCUUAUGUAGUAGUUUCAUCUGCUCAUGGAUCAGAAGUCGUGGACAGUGCUAAUAGUACUGGAGUACCAAGGAUUGCAAGUACAAGAGUCUACGCAUUAGUUGCUUGCUUCAAAUUGGCUCUGGAUUGUUUCUUUGCCGUCUGGUUUGUUGUUGGGAAUGUGUGGAUAUUUGGUGGCCGUACUUCUCUCCACGAUGCUCCUAACUUGUACAGGCUAUGCAUAGUAUUCCUUGCGUUCGGCUUCAUUGGCUAUGCACUGCCUUUCAUUCUCUGUACAAUGAUAUGCUGCUGCCUACCCUGCAUAAUCUCCAUGAUGGGAAUCCAGGAGGAUUUGGAUUUUAACAGAGGUGCUACCGCAGAAGCAAUCGAUGCCUUGGUGGCAUACAAGUUCCAGUCAAAAAAGAUUCAUGAUGGGGAUGUGGGAGAAGAUCAUGGUGGAGUCUUGGCUGCUGGAACUGACAAAGAGCGAACUAUUUCUGCAGAAGAUGCUGUAUGCUGCAUCUGCUUGUCAAAGUUCUCAAACGACGAAGAUCUACGAGAACUUCCCUGCAAUCAUGUUUUCCACUUGGAAUGCGUCGACAAAUGGCUCAAGAUAAACGCGCUGUGCCCUCUUUGCAAGGCUGACUUAGGCGGCUCAACGAAUGCUUCAGACUCCAGCUCCAGGGGUGGCAAUGACAGCAACAGAGCCGGAAACGACGUCGAGUCACAGCAGUAGCUGCUCUCCUGCUCUCUCUCCCAUGAGCAUGGGGGAUGGAACACACACACACCCUAUGACAAUCCACAAAUCGGCAUGCAACUUCACAAAGUCCUCUUUUUUUUUUCCCAGAUGGACUUGAAUGCCUACACUACUGACUACUCUGUGGUGUUAACUCAGAAGCUCCUAUUAGGCUGAGGCUAUGGCUAAGUUGCUGCCGGCAUUGUUCUGAACUGAAGUUGCCUGCAAGCUAGGCUGUAACAUAUUACAGAUGGUGUUGGGAUGCUCUUAUGUUCAUCACCUGAACUGAGCAUAUUAGGUUACUGAGGAUAACCUCCUUCUGGGAAGGUUCAAUGUAAUUAUCUCCUUGUUUAGGAAACUCUGUAUCUGCUUCCCUGUAUAGAAAAUGACCAUCUCCAUUGUAUAUAAGAUCAAUUCUGCCUACAUUUUGUAAAUUCAGGUAUC